AUGUUUAUUAGUACUUCAGUUAUAUCAUUUGUUUUAAAUAUUCGUUUUUUAAUUAUUGAUCGUCAUCGAUUAAAGCCAUUAGUAUUAAAUUUAAUCAUUAAUUCAUAUAUAUUCAUGGUUUUUAGUUUACCUUAUAUAUUAAUUCAAUCAAUAAAAUGUUAUCCAAUUCAAUCAUAUAUUAUUUGUUGCUUUCAAAGUUUUGUGUGUUUUACAUGUGCUAUUUGUGUUAUGUAUACAACAUCAUUAUUAGCAUUAGUUCAAUAUAUAAAAUUAUUUUAUAAUUCGAGUAGAAUAUAUCAAAUAAUUGAAAAGAAAAAUAAUUUUCUUAUUCCAUUAUUAUGUUGGUUAAUAUCAUUACUUUGGUCAUUACCACCAAUGAUGAAUAUAAAACCAGGUUUUAUACGCGAAGGUCAAGGUUUUGAUUGUGGUCUUAAUUGGAUAAAAUCAGAUAUUCAAAGUCGUUUAUAUUUAUUUUUUGCAUUUAUAUUCAUUUAUUUUUUACCAUUAUUUUGUUUAUUAUAUACAAAUAUUCGUAUAUUAAUAACAAUACGUAAACUUAUCUACAAACGAUACCCAUUAGUACCAAAAUCUAAUGAAAAAAUAUCUAUUGAUAUGCAUCAUCAUUUUAUUGAUAAAUUUACUGUUAUGGAAAGUAAUCGUCUUAAACAUCUUCGAAUUGAUCGAAGAUUUUCUCAAGCAAUCAUGAUUACUGUUUUACAUUAUUUAUUAGCUUGGACACCAUAUUCAAUAUGUGGAAUAUUACAAAUGUUAAUAGCUAUGAAAUAUAUUCAUUAUGAAAUUCCAUCCACGAUAUUAACAAUAUCAGCAUUAACAGCAAAAAUAGCUGUUACGGGACAAUCUUGUGUUUAUUUUUUUACUACACGAUCAUUAAAUAAAUAA